UCUCGGGCCAGUUGUAAUGUGGUUGGGGUCGGUGUGUGGUACGAGCUCCUCACAGAAUGCCUUGACAGUUAAUCAUAUGUGCAUAUUUGUUGACAUUCACCCACUUUCAGUGCUCUGCAAGGAAAUUAAAAUGUGUUACACAGUUAAUAUCUGCAUUUUAACGCGAAAGUAACAUGCAUUGAAGUAUUGAACACACUUCCAACUACAACCGCAAUCAAUUGUACUUAGUUGUUGAUUGCUAAUGCAAUAUGUGAAUAAAUGAUUAGUACAGCAGGAUCGUCCGGUGUGGUAAACCAAAAAUCCUACCACAAAACUAAGGGCCCACCGUUGUAUUUUAUAAUGAUGAGGUUGAACAUAAAGGUGGUAUUAUUGCUCUGCUUGUGCAUUGUGAUAUUCACCACACUAUCUUUAUGGAGUAGAUGUGGAGAUUCAAUAAAAGAUUGGCCACGACGACCACCAUACUACACUUCAGAUAAAGGCAGUGAACAAGGUAUAGAAGAGAUUGAUUGUAUUAUCAAUGGUGAUCACACAAUUGGGUGUCACAAGGAGGGUGAUGAAGUCUACAUUCCAUUUUCAUUUAUUCAUAAGUACUUUGAAAUAUAUGGUAAGCUAGCCACUACUGAUGGUAUUGAAAGAUUUGAAUGGGCACACAGUGUUGGAAAGAUCUACCAUCCAAAAGGUAAAUAUGAUCCGCGCGGUGUGUUCAUGCACUUUGAGAAUUUCAACGUUGAGGCGCGAGAUCGCGUGAAAUGUGUUUCGGCGAUCAGUGGCGUGCCUAUUUCUACACAAUGGGAGAGCCAAGGGUAUCACUAUCCAACGCAAAUUGCCCAAUUCGGUCUCGCGCAUUACAGCAAGAAUCUCACCGAGCCAGAGCCACGACGCAAAGUCAUCGAAGACGCAGACAAAGACCUUGCGAAAUGGAUAGUACCACAUGGUUCUAACGUUUUUCGUUAUUACGAUAACACGUUGGCAACACAUGUGUUGAACUUUUCAACAUUGGAUGCAUUUAGUACUGGCGUUAAACUAAAAAUGGAUCACGUACUUGACUUUGUUAUGAGCGUAAAUAUAUUGCUGUACGCAAAUAGCAGUUUGACGAUCGUGCUGCAAAACCGCGAGAAAAAAGAUUAUUAUAACAUGCAUUACAUAGCAUCGGAUCUAUUAGUUACAACUCAGGAUGAGAAUGUUUACCAUGGCAUCGGUUUAUCAGAAACAUGGAGCCGGAUCACGAGAGACUUAAUCAUCGACCUACAAAAAGGUCUCAACUACCUCGAUAAAGACAAAUCGAAGCAUCGAUUACCACGUUCCAAGUUUAAAAUUGUCGAAAUUAUUCUUCGUGGUAGAGGUGCGAUUGACAACUUUACUCUGUCAUCCUCCGAACAUAUCGGACAGUUCUACGACGCAGCGGAAUGGUUCGUUGCAAAUCAGGAUGAAAGCGGCGGCUGGCCCAUUCCGGUGAAACGUAAGUUAGCGGCGGGGUUUCAGGAUUUAGAUCCAGGUUGGUAUUCAGCUAUGGGGCAGGGUCAUGCAGUAAGCGUUCUUGCUCGUGCAUAUCACCACUCCGGCGGAGACCAGCGAUAUCUACACGCUGCCGUCAAUGCACUGAAACCUUUUAAGGUACCCAGUUGGCAGGGCGGGGUACUAGCCACAUUCCUCAACAAAUAUCAUUGGUAUGAGGAGUAUCCGACGAAACCGGCUAGUUUUGUACUGAACGGCUUCAUUUACUCCUUGUUGGGGUUGUACGAUUUACUUACUAUCGCGCCAGCGGAAUACGGCAAAGAAGCAGAUGUGUUGUUUCACAAGGGCAUGGAGUCUUUAAAACACAUGCUCAUGUUGUACGAUAUGGGCAGCACAACUGCGUAUGACUUGCGGCACUUUACUUUAGGCAUCGCACCGAAUUUGGCCCGCUGGGAUUAUCAUGUGACACAUAUUAAUCAGCUGCUCUUGCUUAGUACGAUUUAUAAUGAGCCGUUGUUUCAACAAACGGCUGAAAGAUGGAUUGGGUACAUGAGCGGAAAGCGGGCUGCACAUAAUUGAAUCUGAGACGCAGUAAUCGCUACAAUAAAUUAAAGAUAAAAGCUUCUUUGACACCUGCUAUAUAAUUAUACUACUGUGUAAUUGCAUAAGGUACAUAACAAAUUGCUUGAGUUAUUUGCGUGAGACAGUAGCAAUAUACCCCUGUAAGUAAUAGGCAUUGUUAGACAAUCACAAACCAACACAAUGAGACAACUUACCAACAAAAACUACUUAAUAACAUGCUAUUAACUGGGCUAAAUCUUGGACCAAACUUAGCAGAUACUCUAAACAUAAUCAUUACUUAUUCUGACAUUAUCUAAUGUUAUUUUUGAGCAGAUUUGUUAAUAUUACGUUUUUACAGUAAUGUCCUUGCUAUUUUGGCUUGGUUUUAGAAAACCUCGACACAAACAAAUUUCGAUUUUGAUAUUACUGCAAUAUCGCUGGACGGUAGUUGCUUGUGAUUCAUUUAUUUUUAAUUUCUUGUUAUUUUAUUCUUAGAGUAAAUUCGAUUUCGUCCAUUUGAUUGUUAAUUUCAAUUGUGCCGUGUAUAUGAGAUAUAUUUGUGUGCAAUGAUGAUUUAAUAUUACUGCAGAGGUUUAUCGAAAACAACACUAGAAUUAAUAUGAUAUAACAUGAACAAAAAGUCAAUUAUCAGGUAUGCUAGAACUAUUCGCCUAUACAAAUUCUACGAAACCAAAAAUGAACAAAGAAUUGAACAUUAUGUACUAAUGACAUCAAAUCAUUAGAAUUCCCUACCUGUAUGACUUAUUUAUUUACGAGGAAACGAAGAAACAAAAAUAUAGAAUAACAAAAAGACUAAAUUGUAAGCUAUUAGAAUUAAUGUAGGGUUUUCUUACGACAUGGACGUGCAAAGAUUUGUCAUUCGAACGCAUGAGGCUGGUAUUAUUAGGGAUCGGACAUUAAUUUUUUAGGUAUUUGUGUAGUAGACGGCUGUGUAAACUGUUAUAAUUCUAAUAGAAACAAUAUAGCGAUUGCAAUCAACGUUUCGAAUGAUGAAUCUCACUCUGUAGCCGAUUUGCACUUUUGUAAAUAUCAACUUUUACUAACAAACUUGAAAUUAUAUAUUCAAUCACACCGCGUAUUAUACGGAGAAAUCUCAGCGGAGUGCAAGUUCAAUGAAUCCAAUUAUUGUUGUAGCUUACUAUGAAUUGUAAAUGACGGUAAUGAGCUUAAUAGUUUGCCUAUUGCAUACCCAUUGGAAACGUUUAAAAAGACGAUAUGUACUUGAAUUUACUAUGAAACUUAAUUGUUUGAACUUUAGCGACUUAUAAUAUUGGAUUCGCUAAGUUUAGAUUGUAUUCUUGUUGAGUUUGCAACUGUUACCUUUAGAAAUGUAAAACCGGCAGGUGUGGUAUUUGUACUUAGACGGUGAUGAUUCAAGAAUGUGUAUUUUAUGCGAAUUCCGUCGGUGAUUUCACAUUUCCAAAUGAGAGAUUUAUUUUGAGACAUUUCGGCGAGAGGCUUAUUUGUAUCUUGCCAUAGGGCUUAGAAUAGUGGCAUUGUACCUUUUAAUGUUUAAGUCAAGUCUCUGUGAUUUAUAAUACAUAAUCUAUGAAAGAAAUGAUACAUAUUAAUGAUAACGAUAGGCUAGAUGAGCGAUGAGGUAGCGGAACGUAAAUUCAAAUAGCAGUACUGAGUAUGUAUUUACUGCCAAACUCAAUCGAGGAUACUUAUUACGAAUUAAUUUGCUAGGUUCUAAAAAAUUGCUGAACCUACUAUUGUUUUUUCUUGUAUUGAAACAUUCGUUUGAUUCAUUUGGAUGAGCAAAUAAUGAUUGCACUGAAUAUUUGAACUUGUUUUUCUUAUGUGAUUGUGACAAUAACAAUUGAAUGAAUUAUUAAUAAAGUGAACAUGCAACUAA